AUGUCCGACUCAGACGAACCAAUUGAUCAGAUCGACGAGGGUGGCGAUGACCUCUUCGGUGAUGAUGGCGACGAUGAUAUUGUACCAACCAAGGAACCGGUCCAUGAGGACGACGAGCUUGCCUCGGACCCAGAAGGAGACAGCUACGCGCGAUAUCGCGAUCGCGACGAUGAGGACGAUCAAGCACAAGUUCAAACCAAAGAUCGGGUUGUUCUCAAUAUCAAGACUUAUCGACAUCGAAUUCCUAAGCCUAAAGAUGGCGCGCUGCGAGUUCUCCGAAUUCCCAAGUUUCUGAAGAUCAUGCCCCAAGAAUACAAUCCCGACACCUUCGAACCUAGUGAAUUCGACAUGGAGAAUGCCAAAGCCGAACAUCCCAAACACGUCGCCCGAGUUCGAAGAGACCAUAGUACAGACGAACUCAAAAGCAACACCAACGUCUUCCACUGGAGUGACGGAUCGGUGACGAUUUCUGUUGGCGGAGAGCAUUACGAAAUUCAAAGAAAGGAGCUCGCGCCGCCCCCAGAGAAGCCUUACAACGAAGCUCACGAUGGCCACUACUACGCCGCUGCCGCCGAGCUACACAGCAACAUCCUCAUGACGGUCGGACAUAUCACAGAGCAGUACAACGUUCGACCCAACAAAUCUGUUGGGGACGAUGCGCUCUCUAUCCUUGCUGAGCAAAUUGCAAGUGCCAGCAAGCCCGCGAAUGCGACAGACAUGAUCAUCAAGACUACCCGCGACCCCGAACUUCAGAAGAAGCAGGCCGAGCUGGCUGAGAAGGAGAGGAUGAAGGCUCAGCGACGACGUGAGAACGCUGCUGCGAAGAUGGACGGUGGCUACGGUCGAACUUCUGCUGCGCGUGGAGGUUUGUCCAUCGGCGACCUCGAAGGAGGCCGACGAGGUGCAGCAGGCUCUCGCAAACGCGGUGCGCCCGGUGCUGGCAAGCCCAGAAGGCGACGAGACGAAGAGUCUGAUGAGGAGCUCGAGGAUGCUGUUGGUCGACACGAAGGCUACUCUCUCGACGACGGCUUCAUUGUUAACAGCGACGACGAAGCAGAGGAAAGCGGAGCCGAUGACGAUGAUGAAGAGGAGAUUCUCGACGACGACGAAGACGAGAAGCCACGCUCUAAACGGCAGAGGACGAGGGAUCGUAGCGAAGAUGGGGGUAGCGACGUGGGAGUGGCAGGGAGAGCCCGCAGAAGGAAUGUCAUUGACGAUGACGACGAUUAG